CCUUCCCGCGUUGCGACGCACGCUGUCCUGGGAAGGCCUCAAGGCUGUGGGGCCGGGUGGGCGCAGCGUCCUUUGGUGGAGGGACGCGAAGCGAGGAUGAGGUAACGGAGCUGAGGUAGCGGCUGGAGAAAGAGUGGGCUCAAGGGUACCCGAAGGCCCGGAUCCCAAGCUCCUGGACCAAGCGAACCGGUGAUAAGAGAAAUGAAGCCAACAGGUACAGACCCAAGGAUCUUAGCUUUAGCUGCUGAAGUUGCAAAAAGUCCUGACCAGAAUGUCCCUGUUAUACUGUUGAAGUUAAAAGAAAUAAUAAACAACACACCUUUAGGAAGCUCAGAGUUGAAGAAAAUCAAACAAGAUAUAUAUUGCUAUGACCUCAUUCAAUAUUGCCUCUUGGUCCUCAGUCAAGACUGUUCUCGAAUUCAGGGUGGUUGGAAUACAAUAUCCCAGCUUACACAGAUAUUAAGCCAUUGCUGUGUGGGCUUGGAGCCAGGAGAAGAUGCAGAGGAAUUUUACAAUGAAUUACUUCCAUCAGCUGCAGAAAAUUUUUUAGUUUUGGGGAGAAGAUUGCAAACAUGUUUCAUCAAUGCAGCUAAGGCUGAAGAAAAAGAUGAAUUACUACACUUUUUCCAAAUUGUGACUGAUUCUCUCUUCUGGCUAUUGGGAGGCCAUGUUCAACUAAUACAGAAUGUACUACAAAGUGAUCAUUUAUUACAUUUACUUCAAGCUGACAGUGUCCAGAUAGGAUCUACAGUCAUGACUAUGCUUCAGAAUAUACUGCAGAUCAACAGUGGUGAUUUACUCAAAAUAGAAAGAAAAACCCUGCAUUCAAUUUUAAAUGAAGUUGUUUUCAAGCUUUUGUCAACUAGUCCAGUCAUAAGAAGUACUGCUGCAAAACUCCUACUGUUGAUGAUCGAAUCCCAUCAAGAAAUUUUGAUUUUACUGAGACUAAGUGCCUGCUACAAAGGACUCAGAAGUCUACUAAGUAAACAGGAAACUGAGACAGAAUUUAGUCAAGAACUUAAACAGCUCAUUGGCCUUUUAAGCCCUGAGGUCUAUGAGGAAGUAGAAGAGCAGAAACUACAUCAAGCAGCUUGCUUGAUUCAAGCAUAUUGGAAGGGUUUUCAGACUAGAAAGAGAUUAAAGAAGCUUCCAUCUGCUGUGAUUGCUUUACAAAGGAGUUUCAGAUCUAAACGAACAAAGAUAUUGCUGAAGAUAAAUAGGCAGAAGGAAGAAGAGGACCUCAGAUUACAAUUACAGCUUCAAAGACAGAGAGCCAUGAGACUUUCCCGAGAAUUACGGCUAAGUAUGCUUGAAAUAGUUCAUCCAGGUCAGGUGGAGAAACACAAUCGGGAAAUAGAAGAGAAAUCAGCAUUGAUUAUCCAGAAACAUUGGAGAGGGUACAGGGAAAGGAAAAAUUUUCACCAACAGAGACCAUCUCUCUUGGAGUAUAAAGCAGCUGUCACACUUCAAAGAGCAGCUCUUAAAUUCCUAGCAAAGUGUCGUAAGAAAAAGAAACUGUUUGCUCCUUGGCAAGGACUCCAAGAACUCACUGAUGCACGCCGAGUUGAACUGAAGCACCAAGUGGAUGACUAUCUCAAAAGACAUCCAGGCUCUCAGAUGUCAGAUGUGGCCAGCAGGGAGCUCCAUGCCCAUGCUCAAGAACGACUGCAACACUACUUUAUGAGCAGGGCCUUAGAAGAGAGAGCCCAGCAGCACAGAGAGGCUCUGAUGGCUCAAAUCAGCACCAAUAUUGAACAGCUAAUGAAGGCACCAAGUCUGAAAGAGGCAGAAGGGAAAGAUCCUGAGCUCUUCUUGAGUAGAUCCAGGCCUGUGGCAGCCAAGGCCAAGGAGGCCCAUCUCACCACCCUGAAACACAUGCAGGCACCCUGGUGGAAGAAGCUUGGGGAAGAACCAGGAGAUGAGAUUAAUGUUCCAAAGGAUGAGCUUAAUUUAGAAUUAGGAACUUUAUUCAUUGGUGGAACCAAACCACCUUAGCAAGUUACCCUAAGAAAUGAUUCAAAUCUUAUAUUUUAGGAGCUUACAUUGGUUCAGCCUCUGGCAUGCUCAUAGUGCUAUCCAAAUUCAUGAUUUUCCAGAGGUUCCUCUCCAAACAAGAUUUGCAGUAAGCAAAGAAUUAUCUUCUACCUCCUUCUCAAUUCUCUUUUUCUUUUCUCCAUACCCCAGUCCCUGGCCAUACACACAGAUUUGUGUGGCUUUUAUUGUGUAACUAAACUCAGCAUGGUAUUCUGUUAUUUAUAUGAGGUGUGAUAUUUCUUUCAUUUUUGUUUUCCAACUAAAGGUUUUAUGUAAAUAAAUAUUUUCAACAGAUUGAUUUGAAAAA